GAGAAACCAGCAGGCGGCUCGCGCGUUGCGGCUGGACGCUGACAGUUGGGAUCUGCUCACAUUUGGCGGAGUGGUAGCAGCAGAGACACCCGCAUGGUCGGAUUUAUAUCUUUUUUUGGGCAACUCGGCAGCUUAUUCCCCAACCCGUAGUCAACCCUGCCUGUCCUGGUCACUGAGACUCCAGACAGACAGACUGAGAAGACACUGAAAAAGAAGCAGACAGAUAAACAAACAGAUAGGAGGACAGUGGGAGGGAGAACUGGAUGUAAUCAACGACCUCUUGGCUCAGGGACGACAUAGCGCAGUGGGAUAAGCUCUUGUAGAGAGGUGGGCUGAGGGACACAGGAGCACAUGAGGAGUGGAAAUAGCCUGACAGCUACGUCCUGACUGGUAACCUCGUGACCACACCCCACUAGGCGCCUGGCAACUCCAGAGGUGGGCGUCACAAGGAAACGGACAAGGCGUGACUGCUCCUCCUGCAGGCAUGAGGUCCUUCCGUUCCUUUGGCAACGAUGACCGUCACGUCAUGGCAAAGCACUCUACCAUCUACCCCUCUUCACAUGAGCUGGAGGCUGUCCAGUCACUGGUGUCCACUGUCGAGUGUGCCCUCAAACACGUCUCAGAUUGGCUGGAUCAGAGCAGUUGUGACGUCCACAACCAGGUCGACAGCCAGCCAGCAGACAGCACAGAGGAAGAUGACCCUGGCGAUGACCCCAGUGAUGAAGCGGAGGAUUCCAGUGACAGCUACAGGGAGUCCAGCAGUGGUGGAGUACUGUGUGGAGUGAUGAGGAUUGGUCUGGUGGCAAAAGGACUCCUGAUCAAAGGCGACAUGGACUUGGAGCUGGUGCUGAUGUGUAGAGACAAACCCACACAGACACUGCUGGACACUGUCUGUCACAAUCUGCCCACACAGAUACAGAAACUGACGGAGGAGAAAUAUGAGGUGACCAGCUCCCUGCCCGAGGCAGCCAUCUUGGUGCAAACUACAACAGAGCCCAAACUCACACUGAAGAUCACUCUUACCUCGCCAGCUAUGAGGGAAGAGGAGGACGAUGAAGAGGAUGAGCAAGAGGGGGAGGAGGAAGAAGAAGAGGAGGAGGAAACAGAGGAGCAGGAGGAGGAACAGGAUGGGCAAGUGUUGGGUGCUGCUGCGCAGAGAGUGGAGGCUGAGCAGGAGGAGGAGGAGGGGGAGGUGCUGGAUAGACACAGAUGUCUGUUGGCCCUGGCAGCGCUGCGACACGCCAAGUGGUUCCAGGCUCGAGUGAACGGGCUCAAGUCCUGCGUUAUAGUUCUCAGGAUCCUUAGAGACAUGUGCAAUAGACACCCAGUCUGGGAACCUCUCAAGGGAUGGCCCCUAGAGCUGAUCUGUGAGAAGGCCAUCGCCACCUGCAACAGACCACUUGGGGCGGGCGAGGCUCUGCGCCGGGUCAUGGAGUGUCUGGCCUCAGGCAUCCUGCUACCAGGUGGUCCAGGUUUACACGACCCAUGUGAGAAGGAGCCAACCAACACACUAGCUGACAUGACCAACCAGCAGGCUGAGGCCAUUACCUACAGUGCACAGCAUGCACUGAGACUCAUGGCAUUUGGACAGAUCUACAAGGUGUUGGAGAUGGAGCCUCUUCCAUCAAAUAAACCCUCGCAGAAAUACCCUUGGUCUGAUAAAGAAGGCUCAGGGCUCAAGAGGCCAUACGAGGAUGGAGCAAUGGAUGACAAAGACCUCAUUAAGAAGAUGAAGAGGAAUCUGAGAAAAGUCCUGGACAGUAAAGCCAUAGACUCCAACCAGCCGAUGAACGCCCUGAUGCGCUUGAACCAGAUCCGGCCGGGGCUGCAGUAUCGCCUGCUGUCCCAGUCGGGCCCGGUUCACGCUCCGGUCUUCACCAUGUCCGUGGACCUAGAUGGGACCAUCUAUGAAGCAUCAGGUUCCUCCAAAAAAACCGCCAAACUCCAUGUGGCUGUCAAGGUUCUCCAGGCGAUGGGUUACCCCACCGGAUUUGACUCAGACCUCGACCCCAUGAGCUCAGAUGAGAAGUCGGAUGGCGAGGGGAAGAGCGAGACGUCCACGCAUGCUAGCAAUAACCCAACACACUCCUCGGACAGUUCCAACACACUGGAGGUGCGAACUCAGGGUCCCAUAUUGACAGCGAGUGGAAAGAACCCAGUCAUGGAGCUGAACGAGAAGAGACGAGGUCUCAAAUACGAGCUCAUCUCUGAGAGCGGAGGCAGCCACGACAAGCGCUUCGUUAUGGAGGUGGAGGUAGAUGGGCAGAAGUUCCGCGGGGCUGGCCCCAAUAAAAAGGUAGCAAAAGCGAGCGCUGCUCUGGCAGCCCUGGAGAAACUGUUUUCUGGUCCCAAUGCUGCUGCAAACAAGAAAAAGAAGAUACUGCCUCAGACUAAAGGAGCCCUGGCGGCGGCGGCAGCAGCCUCAGCAGUAGCAGCUCAGGUGGCUAGAGGAAGAGGAAGAGCAGCCCUGGCCAGAGGAGCCUUCGUCAGUGCAGCUGCACCUGGAUAUGUUACACCAGGCUUUGGGACACCGUAUGGAUAUAGCCCUGCUGCAGCAGCUGCCCCUGCCUUUGGUUUGCCCAAGAGAAUGCUUCUGUUGCCUGUCAUGAAAGUGCCCGCCUACCCCGUCCCCCCCUACCACUUCUUUUAGCACAGGGGACAUACAUACCAAACGCACCUAGCCUUUUUUCUAGAAGGGAAUCUCAGUCUGUUUUUUUUUUUUUCUUUUUCCUACAAUAUCAGUGAUGGGGAGAGGAUUAAGGACUUGAGCUGAAGAUUUGUAAAAGCGCUUUUUUGGCUUUUUGUUUUCUUACUGUUUCCAAAAACUCUGAAUAUGAAAAAUACUGCAGGUUUAAGUUCUUAAGGUUUUUAACAAAAAAAAAAAAAAAAAAAACUUGAAGGAUUUGUACUGUGAAUUGUUACCUCAUUCUUUU